GGGACAGUGGGGUGCCGGAGCUUAUCAACAAGAUACGAUCAAUGGAGCUGCAUAUCAAGCAGCUGCGAAACAUCAUUGCAAAGUCAGGCAGCGUCAAACCAAAGGCCACAAAAGGAAAACAGCGAGAAUUCAACUAUGGCAAGUACCGGCGGCGGCACAUUCUGCUGCGCUUCUGCUACCUGGGUUGGGACUACCAGGGCUUCGCCAGCCAGGAGGACACGCCCUGCACCAUUGAGGCGGAGCUGUUCCGAUGUCUGGAGCUGACCCGGCUCGUGCGCGACCGCCAGACGGCCAAAUACCACCGCUGCGGCCGCACAGACAAGGGCGUGUCGGCAUUCAGCCAGGUGAUCUCCUUGGACGUGCGAAGCCAGCAGCUGGCUGAGCCGGGCGAACCGGACGCGCCGGCUACCCUGCCGCCCGAACAGGAGAUCAACUACGCCUUCAUCCUCAACAAAGUGCUGCCUGCUGAAAUCCGCGUGCUGGCCUGGAGCCCAGUCAGUCCAGAGAUGAGCGCCCGCUUCGACUGCCGGGGCCGUACUUACAAGUACUUCUUUCCGCGCGGCCCGCUGGAUCUGCAGGCGAUGCAGGCCGCCGCUGACCGGCUGUGCGGCCACCACGACUUCCGCAACAUCUGCAAGAUGGACGUGGGCAACGGCGUGCUGGAGUACCGGCGCCACCUGCGCCAGGUCACCGUCCGCCCGCUGGAGGGCGGUGCCGAUGACGGCUACCAGAUGUGCCAGCUGGUGGUGCGCGGCAACGCCUUCCUCUGGCACCAGAUCAGGUGCAUGAUGGCCGUGCUCUUCCUGGUGGGAGAGCACCUGGAGGACGCGUCGGUGGUGGACCAGCUACUCGACGUGCAGGCCAACCCGAGGAAGCCGCAGUACAGCAUGGCCUCGGAGCUGCCGCUGAACCUUUAUGACGUGGAGUACGACAGCGUGGCGUGGCACCACGACCCGGCGGUGCUGCUGGAGGUGACGGAGACGCUGCAGCGACUCUGGACGGAGACGGCCGUCAGGUCGGCCAUGCUGCGGACGAUGCUGGAUGACCUGGCGGCUCAGCACGGCGUGCAGCCGGACGCCCAGACGCGCUGCCUGACGACCGGCGUACGAGCCAAAGUCUACACCCCGCUGCUGCGCCGGCCCACCUGCGACAGCCUGGAGCAGCGGCUCGGCCACUACGUCAAGCGCCGCAAGCUGGACCCGUCCGUGCUGGAGGCGGCCGGCGGCGGCAGCGCGGCUGCGGCGCACACCGUUACACUCAAGUAG